CUUUCUUUCCCUUUUAAGGAAGGUCAGCAUUGCAAAGCUGAAAGUGCCUGUGUUAUCUUCCUCUUGAUUUCUACAAAUAGUUCCGUGAAGCAGAAGGUUCCAAGUGCAAGAUGGCUGGGAAUUCCAUCUUGCUGGCUGCUGUCUCUGUGCUCUCUGCCUGUCAGCAAAGUUAUUUUGCUUUGCAGGUAGGAAAGGCAAGGUUUAAAUACAAAAUUACACCCCCGGCAGUCUUUGGGUCACCAGAGUUUGAGAGAAUAUUUCGUGCACACCAAAACUGUGUGGAGAUUUACCCCAUAUUCAUAAUUACAUUGUGGACGGCUGGAUGGUAUUUCAACCAAGUUUUUGCUACUUGUCUGGCUCUGGUGUAUAUGUAUGCCCGUCAUCAGUAUUUCUGGGGCUAUUCAGAAGCUGCUAAGAAAAGGAUCACUGGGUUCCGGCUGAGUCUGGGGGUUUUGGCCUUGUUGACCGUCGUAGGUGCCCUGGGGAUUGCAAACAGCUUUCUGGAUGAAUACCUGGACCUCAAUGUUGCCAAGAAACUGAGACACUUCUAACUUUCCCCUUACCGUUGCUCCAAUGCUUGCAGAUGACGUUUCUACUCUGAAGGUUAGCCAUAUGGUAUCACUUGUUCAAUUAAAAAGUAAAAGUCUUUGUUUUGUUUUUCUUGAACCGGUUUUGUAGGAACACACACUUUAGAGAAUACAUUCCCUGUUUGUUUAAGAGCUGAACGUUUGCUCUAAGGGGAUGUAUCCAUAACAUCCGUGGAAGCCUGCUGAACCCAGGUUUUAGAAGGGCUUGCUGAAGUCGUGACUGCUGCGACUUUCUGUGGACCACAGCCAUCACCCGCCUCUGAGACUACUUCCCUCUCUUGAUGGAAAGUUCCAGACAGACACUGAUAAGGCAACCGAGCCCAUCUCAUUGGUGGCAGGAAAGCAACAGAUGGGGCUGCAUGGGGGUGGGAAAGUUAGGCAAACACACAGAGUAAGUAGCCAGAGAGUCAGCAACUAAUAGCAUAAAAUAAAUCUGGCUGUGAAAUGGACUUGAUUAAGAAAAAAG